CUUUUACUGAACGUAGCACAAUCAACAUCGACACAGACACACUCUCGUUGACCACUUUGCAUGUCACCGUGUACCAUCCCCAAUAUCGCGGCUGCUCGCCAUUCCUUGAUCGACUUUGCAAUGCCUGGCCUGCGCCAUGGGUGCAUCAGAGUCCAAACUAGUGUUCAAGCAGGGGAUCUUCAGAUUAUCAGAGGAGAGAAAUAUUCCCGCCAAUGACCCAUACUGGACAGGUUUCUGGGAAUUACCUGAGUCGGUCGAAGAUGUCUUCAGUCUCUUCUCCCAUAGCGACAUCCGCAGAACCCGAGAUUCGGCCCUCGAAAACAUCGAAACCCUCAUACUAGCAGUGACCUCGCGCCUCAAUGUGUUAAAGAAUCAUCCUUCCUUUCCGGAUCCAGACCUCGCCCCGGAGCGAGAUGCGUUGAACUGCAUACGAGUCCUCACCAGAUUGUUACCCUACGUAUACGAGGCGGACCCAUUGGCAGAAUGGGAAGAGAGAUUCUUCUGGGGCAUGCGCCGUCGUCGGACACGAGCCGCCCAGGUUGCGGGUGAGCUGCUAUUUGACGACAACCGACGUGAUGAGACUGAGGAGAUAGACGGUCAAGAGCAGGACUUCGAGGAGGCUAAGCCUCUCGCCGAGGAAUUGAUUGAUACGUUGAUCGAUCUCCUAUUCUAUGCUGGAUUCACGAUACCUCACUUGCCCGAUGCUAAGAGCAAGGUCACAUACGCUAUCUGGCAGAGCGGCGUCGGUUGCAAAACGUCUUUACCAACCAAUAAGGAGCUCGAGGGCAACAGAUGUGAGGUUUUGCGACUGCUAUUGACUCUGACCAGCAAGGCCAUGUACUUGCCUUCCACUUCUCUUCCUGUUCAAGGUGUCAGAGCUAUCACGUACAUUGCAACUUGCCCUGACAAGCAAAUCGUUCUGUCAGUCCUGUGUUCGCUGGUCAACACAACCAUCAAAUCAAACACCACUUCCUGGCGACUACCUUACGACCAUGUGGUCCGCAGAGAUUCGAAACAGACGCUCGUUAUAUACAGCCUACAAUUCCUCCUUGUUCUUCUCCUCUACCCGGUACCCGAAGGUGGAAAUUCUCCAACAUCGAAGAAUUUCUACCGUCACUAUCUCGGCCGUUUGCAUAGACCAGAAGACUUUCAGUUCCUAGCUGAUGGCAUGACACGCGUUCUGAGCCAGCCAAUGCAAGCCACAACCUCAUACCUUCCUGGCAGCCAAAAGUCAGUCAAAUGGGCUCCGGAGAUGAUAAUGUUGUUCUGGGAAGUGCUCCAAUGCAACAAGCGAUUCCGGCCUUUUAUCAUCGAAUCGAAUAGGGCUCACGACUUUGUUGUUCUCAUGCUCUUCUAUGCCAUUGAACACAAAACGGACCCUACCAAGCAGGGGAUCGUGCGAAUGUGUGUUUUCGUUCUUCAGACCAUGAGCGUGGAAUCGCCUUUUGGGAACAACCUCAACAAGAAGUUCGAAGGACAAGAAACGUUGCCACCAUCCAUUCGCCUAUCCAACUUCAGGGGCACUUAUGCUGACUUCCUCAUCAUAUCCAUCCACACCCUUAUUACCACCAGUAAGGGGAAGCUUGAAGCCAUAUAUCCCGCUUUGCUGGCCAUCAUCAACAACAUGGCUGCCUACGUGCAGAAUCUGUCUCUGGCGGCUAGCAGUCGACUUCUGUCGCUGCUGACUUCAAUGUCCAGCCCGAGCUUUGUUCUAGCUAACGAGAGCAAUCAUACUUUACUUCAGGCUCUGCUGGAAGCGAUCACCACGAUGAUCGAGCAUCAAUAUGCGUCCAAUUCCAAUCUAAUAUACGCUGUAUGGCGGUCGAGAAAAAGGAUCGAAGCGCUGCGGGCCUUUACCCUCGAAGGAGGCCAAGCGGAAAUCGAACGGGCGGCUCAACGACGCAAAGAGAAUGCCCCAUCAGAUAUGAGCAACAAUCCUUCCAGAUCGUCCACCAUGGUUGACAUGGCUACUCACACUCACAAUGGUCCAAUGUCACCAACUCGUGACACCGGUGUCGACGGGACAUUUGCCAUUGGCGACUCAGACGAUUCGGAACAUGAAGACGCGCCCACUCCGUCGCAGUCCACACACUCGAUGCGCACAUCGAGAACACCGUCCAUAGCAUCAUCGUCGGCGUUUGACGACCAUGUCCCCAUACAAUUAUCUGGCAUGUCUGAGAAGGCACGGGGUAAAAUGCCUGCCGGAGCUUCGACGUUUUCUCGACAAAACAGCACCACCAGCCUGUCUGCCUCAUCAAACUAUACAGGCCAUCGCGGGUCGUUCACGCCGACGACCGAAUGGCUCGAAACCUGGCUUCCCGACCUGCCACUGCAUACGUUGUUGACUGUGAUCAAAGUCCUCUCGACGCAUCCGUUGGCCUCUACCAAUCUGAAUAGUUCGAGCGGGUCCUCAAACUCACAUUCGAACCCUCCAUCGCGCCGACCAAGUCUCGGCAGCGACGAGACCACCAUCACUGACUUCCGCGCCCAAAUUCCCGCAACGGCGAACCAUCCUGCAAUUUCCGCAAUAUUAGCAUCCCCGAGCCCGAUCAGAGUGCAUCUGUUUGAAUGGUCCCCGCUCUCCCUAGGCUGGUACAUGAGCGUGCUGUGGAGUCUGAUCUUCACGGCGGAAAUGACAAUUGCACCUGCUUCCUCAACGGCUGCGACGUUGACUGGUGCAGGCUCGGUUGCGGCACCCGUGGGUGUAUGGAACGGGACAAAUGUCAAGCUCUUCCAGGUCGCGACAGAAGGACGAAGGGAAGGACCGAGUCUUUCGCAGCCUAGAGGAGCUGUGGACGCGGUUGGAUCGCGGCUUGUGCAGGGCGUGCAAGGGUUGAAUCUGGGUGGAUUGGUCGGACGCGUGGGUGCCGCAGGAAGGAGUGUGAGUUAUCAAGGGUCGACUGGGAAUGGGCACCAGGGUGUAAGGACGAGAGAGGUGUGAUGGACCACAGAUGUCUGCUACCCCUGUACUCGGGUUGGUAUGGGCGUGGGGAGGAGGAGACUGCACGCAUGCGAUAUUACUCGGCCUUAAUGACUGGACGUGGGCGUUCUAUUGAUAUUGGCGUAAUUUUCAUGGCAGCAAGCGAAGCAUAGGACUCAGGGACUUUGGGGAGCAUAGACUUCUCUUGUAGCGCCAACGGUGCCCAUGGAUUCAAAAUUACCACUAAAUGCAGUAUUUGAC